AUGUUACGAAGUGCAGUAUGUCGAAGGAAUAUCAGUGCUUUUUCUGUGAGCAGGCAUCUGCGAUACAUUAGGACUAAGAGUGUGCCAGCGAAUGUAAGGUCUGCUGUAAACCCUGGUCAUCAGGUUUUGACUCUACCAGGUGAAGAAGAUGUGGAAAUGUUGAAAAAGAGUGGGUUUACCGAAGUAGACGCGCAAGCGGGCUUAAAUUCGUGGAUGAUGUCGUAUCUUACUGUGACGAAUCCUGGGUUCAAAAGAUCAAAGAAGAACUUAGCGAAGUUAAAGAACCAAAAAGAUCAGCCUAUUCAGGAUGUGUUAGCCUAUUUGCUAGAAGAAUCGGAAAAUGAGAUAAAGAGGUUGAAGUCAAUGACUGUAGAGGAAGUGAAUCAACAUCUUUUAGAGAAGAAAAGUACGCAACCAAUAGAAGAAGAAGGAGUACCCUUGGAAAACCUUGAUAACAAAAUCUUGGAACAAGUCAUCUACGAACAGAUGAAAACAGAUAUUCAUCCGCUAUCAAAUACUGAGCAUCUAUUACAGAUUCUAGAAAAAAUCUUAGAAGAUGAUACGGUGAAGGACAAAACAACGGUCAUCUCUUUAGAUCAAAUGGUGGAAGCGUUUGAGCUCGUGAAACUAAUUCCCAACAAAGCAUACAGAUUGAAAGGUCAAUUUUUGGCAGGCCAGUUGAUUUAUGGGUUGAAUAAAGUACGAUUGGAUCCAGGUAACGAAUCUUUUUACAUAGACUCUUUGUUGUACUUUAGAAAGAUGAAAACUGCGUCCAAAUUAUUCGAAUCCUAUAAGAGUCGUGUGGAGGAAAGAUGGUGGUAUGAAGUUGGACUAAUGGUGUACUUACGAAGCAACAAGCUUCAAAAAUUCAAUGUGCUAUAUCAGGAGACGAGAGAAAAAUUCGGUACUGACUAUAUAAGACCGGAUGUUUUGAUAUUGGCCAUCAAGAAACACUUAAACGCAAGACGUCUCGAGAGAGCUAAAGAGCUCACCCAGGAUAUUUCCAAAAUGAUUGAAAUUUAUGGUUGGGAAGACGACACAUCGAGCGUCCACAAGGGAUAUCUUAAUUUCAACUCUUCAGAGGAGGCGAACGAUUUCUUGAAUGAAGUACAGAGGGUAUCAAAAAGAGCUUAUGUGAAACUACUUUCAUCAUAUUUCUUAUAUGGUUAUAAGGAAGAAGGGUUUAGGCUCUUAGGAGAAUUCGAACAAACAAAUAACUUGGAGAAAGACUUAUUUGAAAUAUUGUCAAAGAAAUUAAAGUUACAAUGGUUGAAAGAGUUUAGCACAUUUGUCCGUGAAUACACACCAUAUUUAUCACCGCUGGACUCUACAGACAAGAUCCAAAGGUUGAAAGGUUGGUAUGAGGAAAGUUUAAGGGAGCAAGAAAUCACAGAGUUUAGAGACAGCUUCAGGUAUUUGCUCUAUGACAGUAUUGACGAUUUGCUACAGAUGAAGAAUCUUUCCGGCGCAUUAGAAAAAUCACUUCUUACAUAUACCUCUACCACUGACGCAGAUGCUGAGCCUAGUGAAAUCAAGAACAAAAGAUUGCAAAUGGUGAUGAAAGUCUUGUUGAUGGGAGGUCGUGAAGAGUCUGCAUUAAAUAUACUCUCAGAAUUGGAAAAAUCCAAGCGCGAGAGAUCGGGACAUGAUACAGCUAACACAGGUGUAAGUGCGUACCCACCAGUAACUUCACACCAUUAUCUUCCAUUUAUUCAGUAUUAUGGGAUGAAGUCCUCAAAGCAGGGCAAGAAAAUGUUGGUUGAGAUUAUCAAACGUAUUAACUAUAACAACGUCGAGAUGGAUGCAUUUAUGUUCACAACGAUACUCAAAUGUCUAACAAGACAGCAGAAAUACCAGGAUUCUAUACUACUAGUGAACAAGAUCCUUUCCUCAAAACAAGAAGCAGGCAAAACGAUACCCGUGCCCUUGUACAAACAGAUAUGGAAGACUUACAGAGUAUAUUAUGAAUUGUUGCACCGGAGUGUUGAUGAAAAUGGUAACAAGAACUUCUUUUGUGCUACGGUGCACGCCAGGGAAGCUAUCAAGACGGGGUUCACGUAUAACCUUCUCGAUGUAUUUUACAGGAUGAUCGAGCAAGACUCCACUCUUUUGAAUUCCGAGUUGGUUAAUGCAGUCCUUGAUGCGUUUGCCAAGAACAGAGAAUGGAAUAACAUGUUACCUGUGAUGUUAUACAUUCAUGAUGUCCAAAUGUUGGAAAUACCGGAAAGAAGAAUCGAAUACUAUAGAAGAGGUUUGAAAAGGGACUUUAUUGAUCAGUUGAAAUAUAAAAUUAGGAAAUACGAGCGCUCAAAAGAUUCGUUACAAGUCUCCAAAUAUACCACUCAGUUAAGGGAUAUCGAGGAAAAACUUAUCUUGAACAAUCUAAUGAACAAUCAAGUCAGUGCAGAAGAGAACUUUUCUACAUUUCUGCACGAGUUGAAUGAGUACCUGGAGUUAAUUGGCUACAGUAGAGUCGAUUUGAACGCAACGAUGACAAGGUUAGGCGAGGGCCCAGAAAUUUUAAGAAAAUAUGCAUUAUAA